CUCCUCCUCCUUUGCUGCUGCUGCUGCGGGGAAGAUGGCGAACGUGGGUCUGUCCUUCGAGGGCAGCGCGGGCGAGGCAGACCCGCAGAGCCGCCCGGUGCUGGUCCUGGGCCGCCUGGCCAACCUGCAGCGCCUGCCUUGGACUCACCUCCGCGGGAAGCUCCAGCCACGCGUCUCCGAGGAGGUAUGGCAAGCUGCACUGAACACCUUGAACCCCAACCCGACCGACAGCUGCCCCCUUUACUUGAACUAUGCCACCGUCGCGGCUCUUCCUUCCCGAGUCACUCGGCACAAUAGUCCAUCGGCCGCCCAGUUUCUUACACGUCUCAUUCGAAACUGUCUUCCAGGCGGGACUAACAGGUGCAUCCUUAUGGUCUGUGAGCGCUCGGAGGUCUUUGCUUCUGCCUGUGCCAUAGCCAGGGCUUUCCCACUGUUCACGCGGCGCUCAAGUGUGUCCAGGCGUAUAGAGAAGAGAACCGUGAUAGUGGAGUUUUUCCUGGUUGGGCAGAACAAUGGCCCAGUAGAGUUGGAAAUGCUGAAAUGUCUGGAAAGUGCUACGGAAGGUGUCAGGCUGGCUGCUCGGAUUGUAGAUACUCCAUGCAAUGAAAUGAACACGGACAGCUUUCUGGAGGAAAUCAAAAAAGUUGGAAAGGACUUAGGAAUUGUUCCAACCGUUUUCCGAAAUGCAGAACUGAAGGAGAAGGGAUUUGGGGGUAUCUAUGGUGUUGGCAAAGCUGCUGUGCACCCUCCUGCUCUUGCUGUGCUCAGCCAUACCCCUGAAGGUGCCACUCAGACUAUCGCUUGGGUCGGAAAAGGGAUUGUCUAUGAUACCGGAGGACUCAGCAUCAAAGGGAAGACAACAAUGCCUGGGAUGAAGCGAGAUUGUGGCGGAGCUGCUGCUGUUUUGGGUGCCUUCAAAGCUACCAUAAAGCAAGGCUUUAAAGAUAAUCUUCAUGCAGUUUUUUGUUUGGCUGAGAAUUCUGUUGGACCAAACGCAACAAGACCUGAUGAUAUCCAUGUUCUUUACUCAGGAAAAACUGUGGAAGUCAACAACACUGAUGCUGAAGGCCGGCUGGUCCUUGCUGAUGGAGUGGCAUACGCUCGCAAAGACCUUGGUGCUGACAUCAUUCUUGAUAUGGCCACUCUCACUGGUGCUCAGGGAAUUGCCACAGGGAAAUACCAUGCAGCCGUCCUCACCAAUAAUGAAGAAUGGGAAAGAGCAUGUGUUAAAGCGGGCAGAAAUUGCGGAGACCUCGUGCAUCCCCUCGUCUAUUGCCCUGAACUCCAUUUUACCGAAUUUACCUCAGCUGUAGCUGACAUGAAGAAUUCUGUGGCAGACCGUGAUAACUCCCCAAGCUCUUGUGCCGGACUUUUUAUUGCUUCACAUAUUGGAUUUGACUGGCCUGGUGUCUGGGUCCAUAUAGACAUCGCAGCACCUGUCCACGCAGGUGAACGGGCCACAGGUUAUGGGGUGGCUUUGCUGCUGUCCCUGUUUGGCCGUGCCUCCGAAGACCCUCUGCUGAACCUGGUGUCUCCCUUGGGCUGCAAUGGAGAUUCCCCCGAGGACGACAUGGGGAGAGACUCCAAGAGACGGCGCUUGGUUUAGGGCUCGCGCUUUUUGGAGAUGGCACACUGGGGUUACCUCAUUUUGCACUGAUAAGUUUCCAACACCAUGAGAGUUCCCUGUGUCAAAAACAGCCAUUUUAAAAAAAAGGAAAAGGAAAAAAAAUCAGUUUGUCAUUGCUUAACGUUUCUCCAUCUCAUUCUCUUUGUUUCUAUGAACACCUUAUGCUUUGGAUUUAUACCAAACUUGUAAUGACUUUGCUGCUUCCAGUUUUUAUUGAGGAGCCUUUGUGUCCCUUUCACAAAAAAAAUCUGAGCCUAUUAAUACAACAGCUUAACCUCUUGCUGCCCAUAGAGCCUUCAAACGUAUUUUCUUGGGUUUUCAUUCUUCCAGGGCUUCCUUAGCUCCUUGGCCUCUCAUUCUACAACAAACAAAAGGGAACAUGUUGCAAAUUGGACAUUGGGUCCAUACUUUAUUCAUGUCCUAAGAGUAAAGCAGACGAGGCAGUUUCCAAGCCAUUCCUUUCUGGUUCUGUUCUUCCCAUUUCACUUGCUGCGAGACACAACAGAAAUCCCAGCAGGUCAGGAACAAGAUAGAUAGGAACUGCCGCUGCCUUGUCUCAUGUCGCAGAGGAAAGAUUGAUGGCGUGCUUCUAUUUCGGUGGCAACUUUGGGACAAAACCACUUUGGGCUCUGCUUUGUUCUGUAGCGGUGUUUUAGCAUGGCACAAAGGGAGACCGCAUUUUCAGUAUCAACUGAAAAACUCCCUACUGUGCCAUUCUUGCAUGUUAAAAGUUCUGCUCAUUGUUGUUAAUAUGACUUGAAGAGGAAGGCAUUGCAUUUCUCUGUGAUGCUCUCUUCAGUUGAUGAACUGCAUUAAUGUUUGGAAUGAAAGUGUUGAUGGGAAGUAACCACACUAGAAUAAAACCCUUCUCCUUUCA